AUGAAAGCAAAGGGACACCACACAACUCCAGCCAUGUCCACGUCCCUGCGGGUGAGCCCCUCGGUCCACGGCUACCGCUUCGACACGGCGCUGCGCAAGAAAGCUGUGCCCAACAUCUUCGAAAGCAUCAAUGAAGAGUCCCUGCAGAAACUCUUCAAAAACUCCGGGGACAAAAAGGCAGAGGAAAGAGCCAAAAUAAUCCUCGCCACCGACCAGGACUUGGAGGAGAAAACGAGAGCACUGAUGGCGCUAAAGCAGAGGCGAAAGGACAAGCUGCUCCAGUUCCUGACAUUUCGGAAAUACUCCAUUACAGUUCACUGA